AUGGCGGCUCAGCUAGUGGCAGCACUCUUAUCUCCACAAGCACUAUUGCUUUAUCUCCUGCUCCUCCCUAUCGUCCUCCUCUACUACUCGGCAACAAAAACAAAGAGAUCGGGGAGCGAGCAGGCUGCCGCGGCGGGCCAUGGCGAAGAGCGCCCCCUUCCUGCGCCUCCGAGUAAGCUCCCUCUCAUCGGCCACCUCCACCUCAUCGGCACCAACCCCCACGUCUCCCUCGCCGCGCUCACCGCCCAGCACGGCGACGGCGGGAUCCUGCUGCUCCACCUGGGCCAGGUGCGCAAUCUCGUGGUCACUACCCCGGGCGCCGCGGAGGCGGUGCUUCGCACGCACGACCACGUCUUCGCGUCGCACCCGCAGAACGCGUUCGCCGACACGCUCCUCGACGGCUCCGACAUCGCCUUCGCCCCCUACGGCGAGUUCUGGCGGCAGCUGAGGCGGCUGGUCACCACGCACCUGCUCAGCGCCAGGAAGGUGCUGUCGCUCCGCGCUGGUCGCGAGGAGGAGGCACGCCUGGUCAUGGCCAAGAUCCGCGACGCUGCGGCCGCCGGCGCCGCCGUGGACGUGUCCACGCUGCUCGCCACCUUCACCAACGACGUCGCUUGCCGCGCCGUGUCCGGCAAGUUCUUCCGGGAGGAAGGCCGGAACGAGCUGUUCCGGGAGGUGAUCGACGGCAACGUCGCGGCGUUCGGGGGGUUCAACCCGCAGGACUACUUCCCGAGCAUGGCCAAGGUGGACGCGCUGGCGCGGGUGCUGUUCCCCAAGAUGACUCGGCUGAGGAAGAGGUGGGACGGGCUGCUCGACAGGAUCAUCGACGACCACGCCACCAAAUCAUCGCUGCAGCAAGAAGAAGAUGAGGAGGAGACAGACUUCGUGGACGUUCUCCUCGCUCGUCAACACGAGUACAGUCUCACCAGGCAGCAUAUCAAGGCCAUUUUGGUGGACAUGUUUGUAGCUGGGACGGACACGUCAUACGUAGUCCUAGAGUUCGCCAUGGCCGAGCUCAUGCGAAAGCCACACCUCAUGGCCAAACUCCAAGCCGAGGUAAGGGAAAAGACACCAAAGGGCCAACCAAUGGUCAUGGAGGAUGACUUGGGCGGCAUGACCUACCUAAAGGCAGUCUUGAAGGAGACGCUCCGGCUGCACCCACCAUUGCCCCUCCUCCUCCCACACUUCUCUGUGGACAAGUGUGUCAUUAACGGCUACACAGUCCCCGCCGAAACUCGUGUCAUCAUCAAUGUGUGGGCCAUCGGCAGAGACCCUGGGUCGUGGGAGGAUGCGGAGGAGUUCAUCCCUGAGAGGUUCGAGGACAUCGCGUCCCCCGACUACAAGGGGAGGGAUUUUGGGAUCCUGCCGUUUGGAGCCGGUCGAAGGAUAUGUCCCGGGAUAAACUUUGGCAUGGCCUCCGUGGAGAUUAUGCUCGCCAACCUUGCAUAUUGCUUUGAUUGGGAGCUCCCGGGUGGGAUGCAACACAAGGACCUCAAUAUGUCAGAGGUGUUUGGAAUGACGAUACACCGGGAGGAGAAGCUAAUUCUUGUCCCAACAACACGAGAUGUUAGUCAUGAAUAAUAUAUAGUUUACAUGCACUUGUAAGGGUAUAGAUGCUAUAGUACUUAAGAGUGUUAUUUUUGUAUGCUGGUAAUGUUUAGAUGUAUGGUGCAGUGUUACAAAUACUAUGGUUUUCCUCUAGUGUUGUUGUAUGGAGUUUUUUCAACAUCACUUUGGAAGGCGCCACAUUUAAGAUGGUCAAAGUCAUUAUGGGGCCUCUGCCAACUAAAAUAAGUGCACGUGUGUAGAUAGGGAAAUGGUUGGAGUACUCAAUAUAUAUCUCUUUAGUAACUUGGGCAAUAUCUGGGGUGAAUAGGUCAAAGAGGUUGUGGAACUGUACAUCAACUCGUUCAUCCUUCAUAAGGACAAGGACUACAUACUCAUGCCCUAUUCACCUCUAAGUCUUAUUGUAAUUUGUAUUGUCAAAAUGUUUACCUUUCUUUAUGCACUUACAUCCAUGCAACUUUCCUUUCACUACCCGAAACAGAGUUUUUCGUGACGGCCACGUACGAUCGUGACGGCCACGAUGGCUCCUUCAGGAACGUGAACGCGUUCCUGACGUGGAUGGUCCGUUGAGAGGAAUGAUCGCUACGUUCCUGACGUUCUGCUUGAUAGCCUUCAGGAAAGAGAUUAACCUUCAGGAACGAUGUGGCACGUUCGCGUCGGGGGUCAUAUCCACGUCGCGAAUCAAUUGCGCACCUUCAGGAGCGCGUACGUGGCCGUCAGGAAGACACAAGUCGCGGGACGCGGAGAUAUUUUCUCUUGCGAGAGGCGCGUGCACGCUCAGAGUUCAGAUCGAGGGCCUCCACUUGCCCCCGUGCCAGCAGUCCAGUUCAGAUCCACCGCCUCCAUCCCCAUCGAGCACAAUCCACCUCGCCGUUGACUGCUGCCUCCCUCCCCAUGGAGCGCCGUCCACCCUGCCGUUGACGGCCGCCUCCCUCCCCAUGAAGCGCCGUCCACCUCGCCGUUGACGGCCGCCUCCCUCCCCAUGGAGCGCCAUCCACCCCGCCGCUGGCGGCCGCCUCCCUCCCCUUGAAGCGCCGUCCACCUCGCCGUCGACGACCGCCUCCCUCCCCAUGAAGCGUCGUCCACCCCGCCGUUGAGGGCCGCCUCCACCCCUCCAGACCGGCCACCUCUUCGCUGCGAGCCUAGGACGUCCAGAUCUGCCUACCUCGGCUCUGACUUCCAGAUCCUCCCCCAGAUCCGCCUGCGUGCAAAGGUGACUCCAUCCCCGUCCAGGGCCCCCCUGCUCCUCCUCUCCCUAAUCUGGCUGCCGUGUCAAAUAAUUUUACUUCUGCUGCAGAGCUAGAUCUACUCUUUUGUUAUUCCUUGCUUGUUGUUACUCUGUACAUUGUUGUUUGAGAUCGACCUCAGAUAUUGUUUCAUUAAUAUAGUAUGUUAAUCUUCGCAUAUAUUUCUUCAUGGCUUUGUUCUGCGUUUUAGUUUGUGACAAAGAUUGCCAUGCAUUCUUUGGUGUCAAAUGACCUUGUGUACUGAAAGCUGGUGCAAUAGAAUUACCUUGUACAAUCAUCCAUAUAUUUUAUGGUAAAAGUAAAAGAUUAUUUAUUUCAUUUUUAAUUCUGAACAUGCCUCGUUGUGCAUCUUUAUGUCAGUGUGAAAGGACUUCUAUAGGGAGAGAGAAAUUGCUAUUUAGGAUUGCAAUUUAGUUGUCAAAUCUGUCUACUAUUGCCUUUUUGGUUCACAAUUAGUUUCCAAAUUUAGUACUUAAAUGAUGCUAAUUUUGCUGUUUGAGUAAUCGUGCACUUGUGAUAAAUUCGCUAUGUUUCAGGGGUGGUUCAUGAUCAUCCAUUCAGACCAAAAGCAUGUUGGUAAGUUGCAUUCAGUUUAUGGUGGGAAAGAUGUAUUGCCAUAGGGAAGCUACAAAAUUGAACACUUACAGGUGCAUGGGUAGUUUAUUUGAGUUAUAGGUGAUGGUGCUAUAAGGAAAGCAGUGCUUGUUGCAAAAGCUAGGGAGAAGGAUGUAGGACAAUCACACUCUGUUGUACCAAGAUUUAUUGAGGAAAAAUGUUCAGUUGCAAAGGCACUGCAAAAAUGAUUCUCUUCUGACCAAACAUCUACAAUUGGUAUAUGUCAAGAUGGGAUAGGAAAUACCCAAGAGCUUCUUGCUUUUCAUGAUGAGCCAAUGGAUGGUAGUGAUCUGUGCUAGCCUAAAAAGCCGGACAUGGGGACAUGCUCAGACAUGCGUAUGCCGCCGUAUUUCGUGAUUACGAAUGAAAAAAAGAAUGCAUAGGGAGCAUGUCCUCCCAAUGGCAACCACACCAGACUAGGGGUGAAUGGAUCCUCCCAAGGCCAAGAGAAUGCUUGUACUCCAUUGACAAAUUCUUCUCAUCCUGAAGAUCUUGCUCAUGCUACACACCUGGAUGAGCGUGGUUCUACUCCAAAGAGGAUAAUCAUUCAGGAAUGCCACUAGCAUAAUUAGUGUUUAAUAUCGUGAACCAGGGUGCAGGUAGCCUUUUAUUUUUUCACUUGCUUCUCUUGGCAAUUCAUGUAAAUUCGUGGCAAAUCAUGUAAGUUGAGGUUCUAUGAAUCAUGAGUUGGGUAUGAAUAUGUGGAUCUUGUGAACAUUGAGCUUUCAAUAUAAUUGGUUCAUUGUGAAUUA